AUGUCAGCUAUUGCAACAAGAAUCGUUGAAAAAUACAAUCUUAAACCAGAGAUGAGUGCAUCUGAUCUUAGUAAAUAUACUUCUGAAAUACUCAAAGGCCUUACAGAUGAUAAAAAGCGAAAUCAAGCACGAAGACGCCUUCGAGAUGGUUUCAAAUUCAGCGAUGCACAGGCCCCGAUAAAGUCGGACUCAAUGGUAACCCCGCAGAGUGAGGGCACUUACGUGCCAGAAACUAUCAAGGAGUUAGCACAACGAAUUUUACGAGACAAACUCAUUGAAGUGACAAAAUUUUCUGAGAUUACCGAGAAAGCUAACGAAAUUCAAAAAAAUCACCGAAAAUUUGCCGAGGAUUUUGAAAAAAUCAAUUACCCAGAUCAUUUUACAUUAGAAUCGGUUAAGGAAAGGUUGGAUAGAUACGAUAUUAAGACGUUCCCUGAUUUGCAAGCCCUUGCUGAUGUUAUGAUAAUGCUUUGUAUGCGUCCAGCUGAAGUUACAACUUUACGCAUUACAAAUGCUGGUGUAGCAGGAUACGCAAAAAAUCGAGGUCAGCCAGACGUUUUACGAGUAUUUAGAUCUCUAGAAAAAAAUCAAAAACGUGCUAAAGAGUUACUAACCUGGAUACAGAACGCUAUAUUAUCUGGGAAACUCGAGAAUCCAGGUAAACCCGGAGCUAAACGGUUAAAUAAAUAUUUAAAAUCGUAUGGGCUUAUUCCGCGUUAUUUGCGCAAAAUGGGUGCAGUGUACGCUAUAGUAGCACAUGGAGCGAAAAACCUAGCCCACGCCAUGACAAUUGCCCAAGAAGCAUUAAGACACAGCCCAGAUAAUAACACAUCUCCGACGCAGAACUAUGUUGUGGUAAAUUAUCGGCCCAGAGGUGUACCUCCAGAUAAGGCAACGCCAUUCCAAUUCUGGUGCGGUACCGAUCAUUGA